AUGCUUAUGAUGGGGCCUUCUGUUAUGUGGGUACCUUACGAUUCAAGUGAAUCUUACAUGUUAACUUCAGCUUUCCCCAAAAAUGUUGACCUUUCUAAACAUUUAUCGAUAUCAAUAUUAAUAUUAUUUGUAUUAGUGUGGGAAAAUCAAGUCACGAGUUCUUGUGAUGAUAGAAUCACGCAGUCCCUCCAUGAAGACUAUUAUAUGUAUAAAUUCACACCUUCUUACGAAAAGCUGGAAAUCAGCGAGAAUGGUGUGCGCCAACUUAACAUGGUUUUUACAACGAACACCCCCGUAAAUAUAAAUGAAUCGGAGAUUAUCAAGAUGCAAUUUCUUGAUGAAGAAUUAUUGCGCAUUGGCGAACAAAAUCCUGAAGAAAAUCACCUCCAGGAUCUAAUAAAUUCAACAAAGUAUGUAAAUACCUACGCGCUAGAUGCCAAUCGGCACAUUAGAUUCUCCUUAACUAGAGUGGAAAGAUCCUAUUCUACGCGCAACUGGCCAUCCUAUUUAGGAUUUGGUUCAGAACAAAUAAUACUUCCAUUAAUAACCACAUCUAAAUUUCUCGACUACCCGUUGAAGCCCGACACAACCACAAAUGAUACAAAGAUUUUGUCCAUUGGCCUGUUCGCAUUAACCAAUCUUGUUCAACAAGAACAGGAGGUUGGUGGCUGGAUUGGUUCCAUCGGAGGUUUAAUUGGUUUAAUGUUGACCAUGUUUACGGUUCUUUUUGGCACAAAAAUUUUGGCGCCAUUUGGAAUCGUCCAAAAAUUUUGUUGCUUUUCAAGAACGAAAGGCAAAUUUGUUCGCUUACCAAUUAUUCCUCUCGUGAAAAGCACUCAACGGGAGAAGGUGAGGAUAGAAGAUCAAGUCAAAUAUUUAACUUAUAGACUCCAUGCGUUGGAGACAAUACUCAGUGACUAUGUCAUAUCGUCAGACAUGAUUCAGGCCUUAACAGUCGAUGCAAAGAAAAUGGAGGAACCAAAACCUUACAAUCAC